AUGAACAUAGAUAGGCAGGCGUUGUUAGAGCAAAAGCGCCAGAGGCUUCUUGAGCUCAAACAAAGACGACUACAGAAAGAGAAGGAAGAUGCAGAAAGAGCAGAUGCAGAGAGGUCGAAAAGCCCGAAUAUUAGUGAUUUAGGACAACAAGAGAUAGCGAAACCUCAAAAAUUAGAGGUGAAAAGAGUCGAUGUAUCUGUGCAAGUGGGGGAAUCGACACUGAAGCCGAGUUUGCAAUAUACAGCAGAGCAGAGCCUGGUGCUUCGCUUCGAUAAAGUGAUUCAGGUGGAGUUUGAUGAGGUUCAAAGCAUGGAAGAUAGAGAGGAGGCCAGGAGAGAGUCAGAUGAAUUUGCGGAGCCAAUUGUACCCCAUUCGCCGGAACCUCUGAAAGCAGAGGUCGUGAAUGAAGCCUUGGCGAGUCAGUUGGAAGAAAAGCUUCGAUUUCCCUUUUCAAAACUACGACUUGGAAUCAGAGAAGAGAAAGAGAUUCGAUCUGUGGGUGACUCGCCGUUUGUUGUCGAGCAACAGCUCGGGGGCUUUCUUGACAGACCAAUAGUGAGUGUCAAGACGACCCCUCAGUUCCCUGAGCUUAUAUUGGUGGCUUACGGCGCAUCAGACACGAAGCUGCCUGACUUGACGGAUUCAAAGGGCCUAGCAAUAAUAUUCAAUACCUCCACUGAGUCAAUAUUCCCUGAGUUCUUUUUACAUUGCACUAGCCCAAUCGCUGCCAUAGCAUUCGACAAAACCGAUGCUUUUAGAAUCAUAUGUGGCAUGGAAAAUGGGAGACUAGCACUUUGGGACCUCACAAAUGUGAAGCCCAAUCAGCUUGCGGUGCUUCCUACACUUCAGUCUUCCACUUUAGCAUCACUUCACAGCCAAGGCAAAAAGAAGUUCACGCAUCAUACUAUGCCCAUUGUUCUGAUCAAGCAACCCGAAGUUAACAGCGCAAGUCCAUCUGUGGUCUCAAUCUCUGCAGAGGGCGUAAUCAAUGUUUGGUCGUUGAGCAUCCUAGCGCGUCCCAAGCUUGAUUCUCGUGUUGUUAAGAAACAGGCAGAGUCCGAGAGGCUAAGUCUUAAAGAUUCCGUUUACGUCACUUCAGUUUUAAUCUCUUCGCAUUACAUGCUCCAGAAUACAACUUCCUACCACGCACCGGAGUAUAAGUUUUUAAACAAUACUUAUUUGGGUUGCGAUAAUGGUGAAAUACUAAAGCUAAAAAAUGAUAAAGACAAAAGCGUAAUCGACAGCAUAUUUUCAACAGAAUCGAAAGGUAAAGUUACUUCUUUGGUGGAAUUUUCAUGGAAGCGAAAUCUGAGGGCAGCAUUUGCUGUGGUAUCUUCCCACAUGGAUUGGUCAAUAAAAAUUUGGCAGCUUUCUUCCUCAGAGCCUGUUCUACAGAUUCCCACUACGGCAUUGAUAUCAAAACUAAUUUCUCGUCCGGGACAUUGUAUGCAAAUGGUGGCAUUGAAUCAAUUAAGUCCUCCUGAAGAAAGGACAUCCCUUGAUUUUUGGGACUUGAAUGUCAGAUGUUUCUCUCCAACAUGUUCAAUCCCAUUGCCGGAUGACUUUGGCGAUGCAACACUGGUCGAAUUCAACUCCGAGGGCGACAAACUUUUUGUCAGCUCUAGAUCCGGUCGGGUUGUUAUUUGGAAUGUCGACAAGCAUCAGCUAGAUGUUGUCUCGAAUGAAAGAAUUAAUCGUGACAUAGAUGGUGGAAUAAUGCAUUAUUUGAAAUCAACAGAUUUCAAUAUAUAA